AUGGGAAAAAAGACUAAGAGACUCACACCCCUGGCGGAGGAAGGAUCCUGCAACAUCGGCGAUCCGUGUCAUGCCAGGCCUAAACCUAAAAUGGCAGCGCAGCCAGACCCUUGCCUGUCCUCAGAGGAAGAAAUUUUAGAUGCUCCUGAUGCAAUCCCUGGCACAGAGGGCCUCAACACUCCACUGCCAGAGGAAGACCUCACUACCCCA